GGAUAUUUCCGAGUGUUUUGAAGGCAUCAUCUGAGGCCCGCAAACUCUGUCGGAAGAACUGCAUACUGAGGCAAACAGAUCCAGAAUCACUUCCAGUUGUGCGUUAGAGGUGUGUUGUGUAUCUGUGUAACGUCUAAGGAGUGACGACACUGAAUAAGGUCUGUAAAUGUAGUUAAAAGUGGAUUGGGUAGGGAUUAGCUAAUUAAUGAUUAAACAAAAUGGCUGCUCAGACCUACAUUGCCAUCUCUGAGCUGCAUCCCAACUUCUCCCACCCGAAAGUGGCAGGAAUCAUCAUUGGGAAAACUGAUGUCAAAAGCUUUCCUGACAGAAAAAACAUUGGCAUGGACAGAUUCACGUUCGGCUUCACUGUUAAGGACUCACCUGACUUCUUCAUUAAUGUGACAGCCUGGGGAAACGAUGAAUACAUCAAUGGGCUCUCCAGCAGUUUCAGCAUUGGAGACUGUGUCAUCAUUGAAAACCCUUUAGUUGCCAACAAAGACCCAGAGAAAGGGGACAGAUUCUGUCCCACAACACCAAGCCUCUACAGGCUGCUGGUGACGGAGGCUCAUUCCCAGGUGUGUCUUUGUGCUGACAUGGACACCAAUGACAGGCUUCUGCCACUGAUCCACCUGCCAGUGAAGGACUCCAGGGAUUUCUACUCUCUGGGAGACAUUGUGGCCAAUGGGCAGAGGCUGGAUGGAGCAGUGAUAAAUAUACUGGCUGCAGUGAAGUUGAUCGGAGAGCCGAAGCAGUUCACCACUUCAGACAGACGCAAAGGGCAGCGGCUGGAAGUAAAGCUCUUUGAUGACUCUGUCUCUUCCUUCCCUCUGGUCUGCUGGGACAGAGAAGCCAUUCAGCUUGUGCAAACUUUGAUACCGAAGGAGACGGUGCUCUUCAUAGCUGAUGCAAAGAUUAGUUUUGACAGCUUUCGCAAUGGCAUGACAGCAACCGUGAACUCGAAAACCAUUAUCACUGUCAACCCUGAUACCAGAGAGGCCAGUGUGCUGUUCAGCUAUGCUAAAGAAGCAUCUGAGUCUGGUGCUCUGGAUCAGGAUGAGAAAUCAGAAGAUGAGACUGUGGAUUCCAUCACUGAUGUGUACACAGUGAGCCAGCUGAAGAAGAAGGCCCAGGAGAAUCCUGAGACUUUCUUUGGCAUCACAUACAGCUUCAUCUCCAAGCUCGACCUCGACUCCUCUGUUUCAAAAGUUAUCAGGACACGGUGCUCCAGGUGUAAGUUUCAGGUGACUGAGGAUGUGCACAGCUGCACCAACCAGUUUUGUCCGGGCAGGGAUGAGGCUUUUUCAGCCACCUCAGGCUUUGACCUGCUGGUGGACUUCACAGACCACACCGGCACCCUGCACUCCUGCACCCUCAGGAGCCCGGUGGCGGAGAAGACACUUGGUUGUACAACAGAGGAGUUUACCAGUUUGACUGAUGACCAGCGGACUGCAAUGAAGUGGAAAUUUCUUUUGGAGAGAUGCAAAAUAUACAUCAAGAUUCUCCCUUCCACUAAAACGAAGAGCGGGAUCCGAGGGGUGGUCCUGGCCUGCUCACUGGCCGACCCAGGAGAGGUGAAACAGCACAUGUCUGCCCUGCUGCACCGGCUGUGAUCACAGCGCACACUGACUGGGCGGGAAAGCACUCGUGUGGCAGCUUUCUGCUUUACCUGCCCUGUGGUACUGUUCUGACUGACAUGUUAACAAGGACAAUAGUCGUUUGGUCUUUGUGUUUUUUGACUGGGAACAUUCACUGCGCUGUUCAUGUAUUUAUUUAACUUAUUUAUUUAAAUAAACAUAUGUAUUAAAGUGCUGUACUGUUA